AUGACAGACACAUUCGAUACCACCGCCGAUAUCUCGCCAGAGAGGCUCACUAUCAUGAAGCUCAAGGCCAGUGGACUUCGCGAUGUCUUUUCUGAGCCUUCCUCCCCCACAGGCAACCGAUCUUUCUCAUUCGCCAGUCAAGCAAAUGGUGGCGGCCACAGCUCAUCACUGACACGUCGAACAACUCGUCAGACCAGCUCAUCCUCUCGUCGAGCAAGCAGCUUCCUCCAGUCACAUCGAAGCAAGAUGUCUACAGAGCUCACAUCACAAGCUGAGGGCAAAUUCUUCGCCUUGAUGGACCUCAUGUCGACCGCCUCCCGAGAGGCUUCUUCGCUCAAAGAGUCAUGGUCUCGUAUCAUGGCUGAGCGAGACAGUCUCUCCCGUGAGAGGGAUGAGCUUCUCAUUACCGUCGAGGAGGUGACAGAAGAGAUUCAGCGUAAAGAAGCUGAACACUCACAUUAUGGUCAUGAACACGGCGAGAGGAAGAGGCAGGUAGAGAAGCUCGUUCUUGAGCUUAACGCUGCCCUUACUCAAGUGACCGACCACAAGAAGAAGCUUGCCGAUCGCGACCGCGACCUGGAGAACACCCGACAUGAGCUACACGAACUUCAAAGCUCCAUCACGCUCACUCACGGUGAUCACGAGAGGACCAGGUCGGAGCUAGAGGCUGCGUACUCCAGGCUGAAGAUCUGUGAAGGCGAACGCGAUUCCGCUCGAUUCGACUCAGACAAGCACCACAAUGAGCUCAGGACACUUCUUCGUGAGCACACUGAGCUCAAGAGCAAGUACAACGAGACUACUUCCAAGUUUGAGUCUACUCGCAAGGAGGUCCUCACUCUUACCGACCGUAUCAAGAUGUUCGAGCUUGAGCGGGACGAACACCUCCACGAGAAGGAUCGUCUUCACGAAGAGUUGAAGCGCGCGAAAUCUCGCGUUGACGAGACUACUCGCGAGUACACCGAGCUCACUGAGCGACACGACCGUGUGCAGCGUGAGCUUCACAAGCUCAAGGAGACUGUCCGCAUCAUUGAGACGGAGCGUGAUGACCAUGCUCUGACCAUUGACAACCUCCGCCGUGAGGUGAAGGCUAAGGCUCAAGGUUGGGAGGAGGCUGACGCCCGUGCUAACGAGUUCUCUCUCAAGUACGAGCACAUCAAGCGUGAGGUCGUUUCCGUCAAGGAGAAGUUGAGGGACGUCGAGCUCGAGCGCACAGAGCUCCGAGACGCCAUCGACCGCUCUCGCGAGGACCACCGUCUCGUUGUCAUUGAGCGCGACCAGGUCAAGCAAGACCUCCACGACGAGCACCGCAAGGUGGAAGACGGCCACCGCCGCAUCAACAUCUUGGAAGACUCGCUCCGCCGCGCAGAGCUGACGAUCACCGAGAUCAAGUCAGAGAUCCACACUCUGACCGAGCGCAACAAGGUGCUCUACCGUGAGGGCGAAGACUCACGCGGCAAGCACGGCCACCUCACCGGCGAGAUCAGCAGCCUUCAGGAGAAGCUCGUAAUCUUUCAAACCGAGAUCACCAACCUGAAGUACGCUCGCGACCGCGCGCACUCCGACCUCAACGCCUGGAAGCACAAGUACGAGGAGAUCACUGAGACCAUCUCUACCUACGACGACUCAUCCGCUGAAUUCGAGUUCGAGAUAACCUCACUCCGCACCCUGCUCAACGAGGCCCGCGAACAGAAGGAACGCGCCAUCUCCGCGCGUCACGCCGCCGACCGCGAGCGCGACGAGUACAUGGCCAAGUACGAGGAGAAGUGCCGCGAGAUGGAGCGUUUCGAAGAGUCUGCUAGCAGCGUCUACCACGCCAGCAGCGGCGGCGCAGCCCGUGGCGGCUCUAAGAUUUCCAGGGUAGUAUCCAGCGGUACUACCGUGCACAACCACAGCGCCUCUGGCGGUGGUCACAGCCACGGACACAGCCACGGACACAGCCAUGGCCAUGAGCAUGGCGAGGGGAAUUCUAUCUUCGCGCAUUAG